AUGCGUACCUACGACGAUACAUUCUCUGGCACCAAAAUCUACCCGGGCAAGGGCAAGCUCUAUGUCCGAGGUGACAGCAAGAUCUUCCGAUUCCAAAAUGGAAAGACCGAAUCUCUCUUCCUCCAGCGAAAGAACCCUCGAAGAAUAGCCUGGACAGUCCUUUUCCGAAGACAACACAAGAAGGGUAUCACAGAGGAAGCCGCAAAGAAGAGAACCCGCAGAACAGUUAAGCACCAACGAGCCAUUGUCGGUGCGUCUCUAGACGUCAUCAAGGAGCGACGAUCGAUGCGACCAGAAGCACGAACUGCUGCACGACAACAAGCAAUCAAGGAGGGCAAGGAGAAGAAGGCUGAGGCUGAAAGCAAGAAGAAGGCCGAGAAGGCAAAGUCUGCUUCCAAGUCAGGUGGUGGUCAGGCUCCAAAGGUCUCGAAACAGCAGGCUCGAGGUGCUCCUUCCAAGGUUCAGGCCACAACGAGGUAG